AUGGCCUCGGUAAUAAAGGCACAAAAAGCCAAUGCUUCAAAGGCUGCCCUCAAGGGAAAGGGGAAACGCAAGGCCGAUGAAAUGGAUGUGGACGAGCCUAGCGAGACGCAGGCGGUAAAAACGAAGAAAAACAAGCAAAGAGUGUUACUGCUUUCUUCCAGAGGAAUUACUCAUAGGAUGAGGCAUCUUAUGAAUGACAUAGAGGCGCUUUUACCUCAUGUUAAAAAAGAUUCGAAACUUGACUCGAAGUCACAGCUGCACCUCCUACCCGAACUCGCUGACCUUAACAAUUGCAACAACACUCUAUACUUUGAAGCCCGACGGCACGAGGACCUCUAUAUGUGGGCAGCGAAAACGCCAAAUGGACCAAGCAUCAAACUCCAUGUACAAAAUGUGCACACCAUGGACGAACUCAAGAUGACGGGAAAUUGCUUAAAGGGGAGCCGGGGCCUACUUAGCUUUGAUAAGGCAUUUGACGACAGCGAGUGGGGAAAGUUGACUAAAGAAGUGUUUACUCAGAUCUUUGGAGUACCAUCCACGUCAAGACGGGCAAAGCCAUUCAUUGACCACAUUUUGACAUUCUCCAUUGUGGAUUCCAAAAUAUGGUUCCGCAACUUUCAGAUACUCGAGAAAGACCCACUACAACCGAAUGGUCCCCCACAAACGACGCUGGUGGAAAUCGGACCGCGUUUCGUGCUUACCCCCAUCCGUAUCUUCGAAGGAGCGUUUGGAGGUGCAACGGUGUUCUCGAACCCUGAAUUUGUGUCGCCCGCUGCGACGCGCAUGGCGCUUAAGAGAGAGAAGGGAGGCAAAUACAACAUGAGGAAAGAUGCCGAGGCGGAGACACAGAGAAGAAGAGAGAUGCGGCGACUGGAGGAAAACGAACUUGCAGUGUCCAAGGUGUUCGCGUAA